GGGUUAGAUCAUCUACUGAGGUCAAAGGAUCUGGAAGUGCUUCUACAUCUGCCAGUGCUACACCUCAGACAUCAUCAAGAAAAGGGAGACUACAAACUUGUGGGAUAUGCCAUAAGGAGGGCCAUAAGAGAGCUACAUGUCCUAAUAAAGAUAAAGAUGUAAGUAGUACAUGACUUUGAAGAUGUAAACUGCAAUAUUGAUUUAUUGUGUUUUCAUGACUUUUUUUAUCUGUUUCUUAGGCAAGUGUUCAAGGAGCAGAAGGGAAUGUACCUAUACCUGUGAAGAGACCUGCUAGUGUUGCUUUUUCAGCAAUUCCUACCACUACAGAAUCAGCUCCACCAACAAAUCCACACACUAAUGCUAAAAGGAGUACUGGUAAGUCUAAAGUGACAUGUAGAAGAAUAGGAAGGAAGAUAAGUAAAUAAUUUGUAACAGGCUUUGGGUGCCAUGUGGAUGUGAACACUGGGGAGAAGACUUUAAAUCCUGGGAUGAGCAGUGAGGAAAUAGUUUCAGAUUUCCAGCCUGAAAUGCCACAUGACCCUGAUGUUACAGUCAGAUUUGCAAUCCCAAAUGAAAAAGAUAUCAGAGGAGCUGCCCGGGCUGAGAAGCAGUUGGAUGUGCCAACAUAUAGAACAAUACCUUUCAAGGGUGAUGGUACAGAGGUGCAUAAUCCAACAAACCUACCUUUUCAACCACCUGGUUUGCAAUGGAAUGGGAAUGCAGCAAUCAGCUCUAAGCAGUUGUUACAGAAGAUGCAGAUCAGGAGGUCGGGUUCCAUUCCAAAGUGAUGAAUGAAGACUCAUAUGUUUCAUUAGAACACUUUUGGAUGCAAAUAUGGAUGAAUGAAGACUCAUAUGUUUCAUUAGAACACUUUUGGGCACUUUGUAUUUAUUAGCUUAUUAGCUUUUUGGCAAUGUAGUCGUUUGAAGACUCAC